GUCCCUUCUGGCCUAUUUAUAGUGUUGGCCCUUGCAACAAUGUCAUCUGUAACUUGACUCCAUCUGUGAAGUCGGAGCAUGUUGAAUGUCAGUUGCCAGCAGCAGAAGCACUGCAGUUCACUUCCCGCUAACUCUCCCACAGAGAGCCCCAUGGAGUUUGUGGGACAACCGAAAGCUUCUGAGGCCUGUAACUUCUUAGGGGUGCCAGGCCUCAGCUCCUUGGACGUGGACGAUGACGAGUGUGAGGUGGUGAUCGGCAUCAGGCCCAAAUCUUCCCCUCUCCCCCGGAGAAAGAGCUCUACAAGUGACGAGGAUUUCGAGCCGGAGCCGCCUCUGACGGGCUCCAGGAGAGUGUCCUUUGCAGACGCCAAAGGCCUCAGUUUGGUGCAAGUGAAGAAGUUUGAAACUUGGGAUUUACCCAAGCUGCCAGUAUGUGACCCUUCUGAAGUUAUAGGUAAAGUUGCAGAGGAGUACUUCCUGUCUCCUCUCACUUUCUCCCUUCCGUUGCCUACGGCGGAGCUGUUCGUCAAAGUGCAGGAGCAGAAAGUGGAGUUGGAGACUAUCGAGUUAAUCCCAGGGACCACAAUACUGAAAGGAGUGAUCCGUGUCCUCAACAUCUCCUUCACUAAGUCGGUAUACGUCCGAGCCACUUUGGACACCUGGUCCAGCCACUUUGACCUCUUGGCAGAGUACAUGCCUGGUUCCAGUUACACUCUGAUGGACCUUUUUUCAUUUAAGCUCACCUUAGUGCCUCCGUUCGGGGAGCAGGGGGCCAGAGUUGACUUUUGUCUGCGGUAUGAGACUCCACAGGGGACAUUCUGGGCCAACAAUAACGGCAGGAACUACGUGCUGUUUUGUCACCAGAGAAUGAAAGAGAAGAAAUUGAAACCACAGAAGGAGAAUGUGAACAAAAAAAGUUGCCUGAAGAUUGUCAGUCAGAGCACUUCCACUGUGGAAUACCCUACAGCAAUGGAAGCUUCAAAUCAAGAAAACAUUUCAACAGCUGUUUUGAAACAGGGAGGGGUAGCAGGCACUAUCAAAGUCAAGCAAAUCUCAGAUGAUCAGUCAGGAACAUCAGAGGAGGAUAGACAGAAAUUACUGGUCGAAAGCAGACAUAACUGCAGUCGAAGAAGUCGUAGAAAGGCUGCACGGACUGCUCGGGUGAGGGACUACUUUUCUCAGAGAGAUGGAGGGGUGGAUGACACUGAAAGAGAUGAAUCACCUCCAGAAGCUAAACAGGCAGCUCAAGAAGAAACCCCAGAAGAAAAACACUCAAAUGUGAGAUCAUUUACCGAGGGAAGCAGCAAAUCAGAAUGUUCUGAAUCUGUGGAAACACGCAGCGCACCUCUCCUUGAUGAUACAUCACCAGCACACGACUAUACAUCUAACAGUGAGACAGCGAAAUUUGAGAGCGUCAAUUUGGCUGACUCUGCCACAUUAACAGGAGGUGAGAGUGCCACGGAUAUCCCACACAACCCCUCAAAUGAUGAGCCUGCUCCUGCAGAAAAGAUCAACAUGUCAAAAGCUGAGGAAAGCAACGCUGCAGCAAAACCAACUGAAGUGAGCAGCCUUGUAAGUCAGACCAACAGCUUCAAAUUUGGAACUGUGGUGGCUCCGUUGUAUCAUCAGGUGUUUGGCAGAGUGGGAAGUGAAAGUCAAAACGUCAGUGAUUGGGGAAAUCCAGGACUGAAUGUUGCAGACUUAACUCAAAGUUACCUUUACACUGAAAGAAGACAGACUAGCUGCCCUUUUCCAAGAGAUGCGAGAGGCAACGAUGAGGAAGUUCACAGAAAUGCGAUAACGACUCAGGAAUCAAACCAAGAAUUCUUAGAUGCCACUCCAAAUAGUCCUCCCAAGGAAGAAGAAGAAGAAACAAGUUUGAGUGUGACAGCAAAUGACAUCCUGGACCAUGCAGAAACUGUGCAGGAUCCAGUUGAUAUCAUACUUUCAGACCAGAGUCGCACAGAUACAUCUGAGGUUCCAAAUACUAUUUCAGAAGACACAGUACAUCCACAUGCUGUACACAUUUUAAAUACAGAUUUGUUAAAUCUACAAAUACCUGAUGAGAGUUUACAUCUCCAGGGAGAGGCACAGGAAAACAAUCUAACCCAUGACCUCCAACUGCCAGAGCACUCAUGCAGACAAACUAAUCUCGAUGAAACACUUGCAGAGAGUGAUGACAUGCCCAGUGUAGAAACCUCACUUAUGCCACUUCAGCCCUCUCAGAGUGGGUCAGAGUGUGUUAGUGACAAGACAGAUCAACAGACCAGCCGAAGUGGAGCAAAUGACUUCAAGUGUGUACAUGAGUCAGACAAAGGCAAUGGCGUUGGCGAAACAGUAGCAUUACCAACAAGCAAUGACCUUUCAGAGGAGGAUAAACUAUUAGCAGCUUUACAUGAUUUGAAUCCUGAGCACAUCAAUAAUUCAGCCGCAGAAGAAACUGAGAAUAGCUACGUUUCUUGUUUUGAAAUUGUGGAGGAAAAGAAUGUCACCACACCUCAGAUAUCUCUUGAAACUAAUGAUAUGGAAGAAGGAUAUAAAGUGGCAAACGACUCAUAUAAAGGUGAAGCAAAACACUCAGCUGAAACUAAGGUAACUGGUGAGGUAGCUGAGUCAACGACAAAAGCAACGAUAAGUAAUCACAUCCAUGGCGACGUGUUCAUCGAGCUCAAGGACGAAGACGUUAAAGAAAAAGAGAAUCAUGAAAUGGAGGCCGCUCUCUCAAAGGAUUUUUGUUUGGCAGACACAACUGAGGUAAACUGGGAAAUGAUGGUUGAAGAAGAGGAGAAAAACAUAUUAACAGAUGAAGCAGAAAGCGAGGCUGUAAGUGUAAAAACUGUGGAGAAAGACCAAGGACAAUUGGACGACCCAGGGAUAGAGUUGGAGGAUGCAGGGAUAGAGACAGCAUCAGAAAAUAGAGAUACAACAGAGAAAACAGAGAAGGAAAGAGAGACUGAGAACAAGGCUGAAGAUGCAGAUGUUUCAGAGGACAAGCAGAGGACUGCAGACAAUGAUAUUUCCGAGAUUAUGUCUGAAAAAGACAGGGAAGAAGUUGAGAAAGAAUUGGAAUAUGUUCAGACCACAAAGACAGCUGGAGAGGAAGAGCCAUCUGAGGAGACUGAAGAAGAAAAAAGACAGGAACAAGAGGAGACACAGUUAGAGGAAGAAAAACACUUUGCAGUGACACCAGAGAUCAAUACCCAAAGGUUAAAUGUCCAAGAUGAAGAGGAGAUAGAGGAGGAGGAAGAAAUGGAAAUAAACUUGAACGAUGACUAUGACGCAAAUGUGGAAUGGGAGGAUCAGUUAAAAACAAGGGAGGAAAACAGAGAAGAGGAGAAUCCUGAUUACAAUGAGGAAAGUCUUGCUGAUGUAGACUCAGAGAGCAUGACAAUAGAGGAUGGGGAAAAUGAAGAGGGGUGUUUUGAGGAGAGGUCAGACAUUACACAAAACAAAAUUGAGGAUGGUUCAUCUGCUCCACUGAACAAUGUGCAGGACAAGAGAGUCAUUGACAAAGAAAAUACAGGUGUAGGGCAAAAUGGACACAUCCCAACUGAAAUGCAUCUUUACAAUGAGGAAGAUUUCGAGAAUGUCACACAUGACCUAUCAAGAGCUGAGGGAAAUGAGAAUGACUCCGCCGCUGCAGAGGGAGGUUCAUGGAUUUUUACAGGUGAACCUGAAAGUGACCAAGAAAGCCAUGACAGCUCUUCGGCAGAGUCUGACUCAGACGAUGAGGUGGAGUUGUACAUGCACUGUCUGAGGGCCGUUCACGCUGGGGCUCAGGCCCAGAAAGACAGAAACAAGGAUAGAGGUUUUAAUGUGGCCAAAAGGCCCUCCAUAAGCAGAGGCAAACCACUGUCCACACCCAUGCCACCCAUCAGCGAGUCUCUGGAUGAAGAGCAACACUUCAGCUGCCUUUUGGACAGUCAUGAGGACAUGGAGAUAGCAGAAAUCCAACUAACAGCUGCAGAUUCAGGUGAACAGGAGAGCAUCAAUAGAAAUGUUGCAUGGUGGAGAGAGACUUUUUCCUGCAGCAAUAUCUCAAAAACAUUGUUAUAUGCCACCUUGUUAGUUGUAUUUUUUGUGGUGGCCCACCGGUAUGAUUUUCUUGCCUGUUUCGGGCUCUACUUGGUAUCAGUGGUUUGGCUCUAUUGUCAGGGAGACAGGCAGCCAGGACAACAAAAACAGCAGAAUAAGUUGAAUUAAACUGCUACUGCGUUUCUGCAAAUCAAGAUUACAUUUGUACAUUUUAUAGGCAUCAUAUCAACAUUUCUAAAGUGAUGUAGUGUAUGAGUUGACUUCAUCGGGAGGUAAAGAGUAUGUUGGAUGGCAUGGCACCUUGGCAAAUGCCUGCCAAGCUGUAGACCACUGUUCGCGACCAGCAAAAAACAAACACAAUUGUUUUUUUAGUAACUCAUGCUAUGGUUUUUUUAGCAGAUUUUUAGCGCUCAAAGGUGGGUGGUUCUUAGUGACCCUUGGCUUUUCUUCCAGGGGCUUUUAAUUCCUCAAACGUGGGUGGUUUUUAGCAACCAGUGGCUGUAUUUCUCGCGUCUUUUUGGCCCUCAAACAUGGGUGUUUUUUUGUGACCCGUGGCUUUUUUCCGGCAGGUUUUUAGCCCCAAACGUGGGUGUUUUUAGCAACCAGUGGCGUUUUUUUGCUAUUGCCUUUUUUGCCCUCAAACGUGGGUGGGUUUUAGCAAAUAGUGGCUGUUUUUCUAGCACCUUUUUCGCCCUCAAACAUGGGUGUUUUUUAGUGACCCUGUGACUUUUUUUCCAGUUGCUUUUUAGCCCCCAAACCUGGGUGUUUUUUUGUGACCCAUGGGCUGUUUUUCCAGCAGCUUUUUAGCCCUCAAACAUGGGCGGUUAUUAGCAACUUGUGCCUGUUUUUCUGUCAGCGUUUUAGGCCCCAAACAUGGGUGUUUCUUAGUGCCCCAUGCUGUUUUUCCACUGGAGAUAGUGCCACAAAAAAUGGUUGUUUUUUACCAAGACAUCGCUGCAUUUUUUGUUUUGUUUUUUUGGAUCGUGCCCCCAAAGCCAGGUAUCUAAAUCGGAAACAUGAUCUUUUCCCUAACCAUAACUAAGUGGGUUUUUUGCCUAAACCUAACUACAUGUUAACCACAGCGUUGUUGAAACAAAAAAGUUUUAACGUAUCCUUCACAUAAUGACAUAGAAAUGUAAUGCAUCCUUGGUUUGCAGGAACGUACAGUGCCAACAGUUUUCUAACAAUUUGCUUGGUUCAUGAGUGUGUAAGCCAAGUGCUGACACAAGCGUUCAGUAGAUUUAAAACUCUACUUUUGCUUUGUACUAGUUAUUUGAACAAGAUCUUCACAAUUAGUAAUGGUCUAAAUAUACGAGGAAGACACAUACAUAGAACAGCGAAUGAUAAUGGGCAUUGAUUUAAAGGAUAUAUGACACACAUUAGAAUAAAUGCUGUAUAUUCCCUAUGGGAGUAACUCUCUGUUGUCAGGAGUUUGAAACAAUCUUUAUUCUUUUCUGUACAUACAACUUAGUUUUGACUCAGACAACAGGCUGUGGACCAUUGCUCACACUGAUUAGUUCUGCAGAGCGUUAAUGCUUUCUCAAGGUUCUCAGUGUGCUGUGUGUUUGGAUGCCAACUAUAAAUCAUUGUGUUUCUGUAGGGUACAUGUAGUUUUCAUAAGCCUUGAAUGAAUAAAUUGUACUGUAGACAAAUAAUUCAAUGUGUCCAGUGGCUCUAUAUUACUAUCAGUGUUAACAACACUAAUAGAAGACUAACAAUAGUGGCCAGCUAAGGGAAUAACAGAAUAGAUUUAGUUUAGUUUAGUUUUAACAUGGGCUUUACACAACA